GGGCACAGGGGGCAGCAUGGCGGCGCAGGGCGUUCGGAGGUGUUGGUGGAUGUUGGCUCUGGGCGGCCGGAUGAGGUAUCGCUCCGUAGCUUCCGUGGGCCCGCUCGGUGUCCUCGGCGGACUCCCGGUGUUGCCGCUCUGGUGUCCCACUGCACUGUGCCGAGGACGAGCGGUGCCAAAGUCCCCGGUGGGCCCUGCCGGUGCAGUUGGCCACCCCCUGCGCUGGGCAACGUCCUUCUCUCAGCCAGGCCCGACAGAGAGUGAGCCCAGCGAGGGACAGGUCUUUCUCAGCGAGAGCUGCGUGAAGAGGCUGUUGGAGAUCACAGAAGGCUCAGAGUUUCUCAGGCUGCAGGUUGAAGGAGGUGGCUGUUCUGGAUUUCAGUACAAGUUUUCCUUGGACACAGUUAUCAAUCCUGAUGACAGGGUAUUUGAACAAGGUGGUGCCCGUGUGGUUGUGGAUGUGGACAGCCUGGCCUUUGUGAAAGGUUCCAUGGUGGACUUCAGCCAGGAGCUGAUUCGCAGCUCCUUCCAGGUGGUGAGCAACCCCCAGGCAGAGAAGGGUUGCUCAUGUGGGACUUCCUUUUCUGUCAAAUUCUGACCAGAGUUCUCAUGGAUGGACACAAUCUUCAGACACUUCAUGGCAGUCUUCAGAGGUUUUUUGCUGAUUCUUUUCCCAGCUGCUCCCUCUCAUCUCCCUUACCCUGUAACACAGCUGGUACACAUGACUCCAGCUGUGUAUGUCUGUGUUCAGCCUGUCUCCAAGACUUGUUGGUCUUUCCUUCAGAAACAUGAAGUAGCUCUGAGCAUCCACAUGGG